AUGGCCAAAACCCAAACAAUGCCCAAGCUGAGGUCCAGCUGGCCGGGCGGCCAAUUCCGCGCUCAGCUGCACCUGUUGACCGGCUUCAUAGCGGGAUUCGUGUGCGCCUUCAUGUUGCUUCUCUAUAUCUACGAUGUCCACAAUGGCAUCAACUGCUGGCCAACCAGCAGCAGCAGCAGCAGCAGCUACGCCUUCGCAUCCACGCUGAGAAUUGCACAGCAAACCUCGCGGAAUUUGGCGCCAUCAGCUCGUGUGCUCUGCAUGGUGUUGACCUGUCCGGACUAUGUGGAGCGCUAUGCGCAGCAUGUGCACGCCACCUGGGGUCAGCGCUGCAGCAAACUGGUGUUUGUCAGCAGCGAGAACUAUGAGCCGCUGGGCGUGGUCCAGGUGGUGGAAUCUAAUGGCGGCAGCUAUGAAGAUUUGUGGAAUAAGACGCGUGAGGGUUUCCGUCACGUGUGGCUGGAGUAUGGCGAGCAGUACGAUUGGUUUCUCAAGGCCGACGAUGAUACCUAUGUCAUCAUGGAGAAUCUGCGUCACAUGCUCAGCGCCUAUGAUCCCAAUAUGCCCGUCUAUUUCGGAUAUCAAAUGAGACGCUACAAUGUGAGUUACAUGUCUGGCGGCGCUUCUUACGUGCUCAGUCGCGAGGCACUGCGUCGUUUUAUGACGCAGGCUUAUGACUCCGGCAAAAUCUGUCCGGAGCCUAAAAAAAUGGGCAUUGAGGAUUUCUAUAUGGGCAUUUGCCUGCAAAAUGUGGGCGUUCAUUUGAUAGACUCCGCGCGCGCACUUUCCAAAGAAGACAAGCCAAAGUUUUUUCCACUGGAUGUCCAGAGCUAUUUGUACAAUUUUAAUGCCAGUAUUCCGGAUUGGUUGCGAGAGAUGAGCGUCUCGCAAAUAGCAACAGGCAACGAUUGCUGCUCGAAUUACUCCAUAGCUUUUCAUUAUACCAAGCCGGAGCGCAUGUAUCUAUAUGAAUUUAUGCUGUAUCAUUUGCGAGUCUUUAGUCGCAAGUACGAAGAGCAGCUGCCAGCUCGAAUCUCAUUUGCCGAAAUUUUAGAAAUGUUUCCAAUGGAAAACAACUCGGAGAUCAGAGACUUGACACAAAUGCCUGAAAAGCCUGACAAUUUUUAA